AUGAGGCAAUCUGCAGGUGCUCUUGGUGUGGAUGGGGCAUCUCAUCUACGCACGGCCCCGCGAACCACCUCAUGCACAUUGCGUGCCAAGGGCUUGAGGUUAUUGUUGUUUUCGGUCGACAUAUUGCCCGCAUGCUUUGAUCAGCAAGUGGCACAAUUCAUCAGAGUUGCCAUAUGGCAUGGUGGUCAACCACAGAUCUGCUGUUCCUCGGACACAAAUUCACUGGUGGCUAUGCACUCAACCUCCACGAGCCACGACUGUUGCCAUUGA